AUGGAUUCGGUAUUUCGUCAUCAUUCUCCGACCGAGGAUUGCGUUUUUUAUUAUCUCUACUUUCCUCGAUCAUCCGACGAUUCUGACGAUAGAUUUUUCGAAUUCCUUCAAGAAACUAGUGCAUUGAUACUUUCGGAAUUAGAUCAAUUUUUGAACGGAUAUAUUUGGCAGAAAGAACCGUUUGGAUUGAGAAUUGUAAAGAAUGAUUUAGGACCAAGUUACCCUUUCCUACAUGGCAGAACGGUGUUUGGCGAUUGCAUCGAGGACGAACGAUUUAUUGUUUUCUUGUUACGUCAGAUUUCAGAAAAGUACCCGGAUAUUGUGAUAAGCGUUUCAGAUAACGAUGGGGAGUUUUUGUUGAUCGAAGCCGCCAUGCAACUUCCCUCUUGGCUAGAUCCUAGUAAUGGUGAAAAUAGGGUGAACGUUCAAGCGUAUUUGUAUUCCUCUGUCUGUCUGUCUGUCUUAUCUUUUGUUAAUCUUCAUAUAAAUUAUCAUUACCAACCACAAAAGGUUUUUAUACAUCGAAAUGAACUUCACAUAAUUCCUUUGAUGGAGCCGACAGAUGGAGAAUUGCAAGUUUCGACGGAAAAAUUGACCGUCGAAAGAGCAAUUCAAUUAGUGCGUGAUGACAAUAUUCACACCAAGGCUGAUGACGAAAUACAAACGACUGUGUUUGCAAAUAUAAGGGGGUAUCCAGAUGUGAUCAAACAAAAUAUUCAUCAUGCCCGAUGUCAUGUUCCAAGAAGCAUAGCUCAUUUAUUAUACCACAAUCCGCAAUUGAUUGCCCCGGCCGUAGAAGCAUUUUACACUCGCGAUCCUAUCGCAUUGAAAGCAUGCCAAAAAAUGGAAAAAUUUCCGGUAUCCACAUCAAUCAAUGUUACUGUAAAAUUUACAAAAGUGUUAUAUGCUCAGAUGGUAGGCCAAAGGUUCCAGCCGCCAAAACCUUUCAAACUUCCUCACAAGACUUCCAAUGAGUAUCAAGCCGCUGAGCUAGGAAUGAAAUUGGCAUGUGGAUUCGAGAUACUGUGCACAGAUAAAUAUUUCGCUGAAUUGCAAACCAAAUCCGACGAUUUGGACAUUGAGAAAUACCCUUUUGAUUUGGACUCAUCAUGGCGAGCGUUUCACGCUAAUCUAUUAUCGCGUGGUUAUUAUCGCGGUGAAAUAUCGGGAUCUAAACUGUACAAACAGUUGGACGAUGUUGCUAAGAAGCAAUUCUUGCAAAAUAGAAGCCAGCCAAUUUCAACCUAUGAUGAAAUAAAAGUCACCUCUUCUCCAGUAGAACAGAUUAACGAAAUAUUGAGUAGACCAUUGGUCCCAGAUGAAUUACUGACAGCGGAUAAGACGCAAGAUGACGAUUCGUGGUUGAAUGUUGAUCCAAAACAGUUGGAGGACUUGCUUGAAGCAACAAAAGGUCAUAUGGGGUAUAUGAACUAUGAAAAGUCAAAAGAAGGCAAUUCAGACGACGAAUUAAAUGUAUUUGAUUUAACAAACAUGAUCGAUAAACUGGAGAGUUUUAUGGACGAUGAAGUUGCGGGUAUCGAAGGUGCCGAGUUUAACGACGAACAUGACUCUGAUGAAGAUUUUGAAGAUUUCGGUAUUAAUGGAAAUAAUGAUCAAAUUCAAUUUGAGCCUACCGAGUUCUUAAGAAUAAUGCGGCAAACAUUAGGGAUUACGGAUGAGGAAUAUAGGGAAUUGGCAAAUGCAAAGAUAAAGUUACAACAAGAUGAACUGGAACAAUACGCAAAAGACCAGUCACAGUACACCACCACCGGAGCAUCACAAAGUGCCAAAAUCACAGAGUUAACCGAUGACGACAUGGAGACAUAUUUCGAAGCUCUAGAUUCUGAACUAUCGUCAUCGAAAGUAUAUGAAUCAUUUGUUCGCUCGCCAGGUCAAAUACUCGGAGACAGUGAAACGGAUCUUGGCGACGAUCUAAACGUAAAAAAUGAUGAGAAUAAUGAUAGUGACGAAGAAUUGAAUAAACCUGUUGACAUUAAUUUAAACUUGGCAAAGAAUAUUUUAGAAAGUUUUAAAUCACAAGAAGGAUUGCCGGGGCCUGUGGGAAAUAUGCUGGGAAGAAUGGGUGUUGGGGUGAUUCCCGUGGAUUCAGAUGAUGACGAUGAUUAUGUGGAGUCUUCCGAUGAAGAUGAAUAG